GACUCGUCAACACAAUCUUAUAAUAUUUGCAAUAUCUACUUUUUCUCGCCUGAAUUCCGUUCUCUAUCGAAGCCAAAAGGAUGAAGUUUUACAGAUGUCAACUGCUGUGUGUAGUAUUCCUGGUGCAACUUACUAACAUAAUGAUGAUCCCACUACCAGAGGAUCUCACUGGGAACGAGUCACAACGUCAAAUAUCUUCAGAAAAUCAUCACCACGAACCAAUUGAUCGUCGUGCGUCACCCGUGGCUAUGGUUCCUACGAAACGAGAUACGCGCCAUCUUGACAUGAGUAUUCCCAGUAAUAGGGCUGUGUUGGAAAUAUUCUACGAAUGGCAGUUGUUGCACGGAGGAAUCGGUAUCAUUCAAUCAAGAUACCGAAGGUCAGCACGCUCAAAACGCGCAGUACCAAGGCCAACAACACUAGCCCGAUCUAAGCAUCAUGGACGACGUAGGUCUCAAUACAAAAGACACGAGGAUUCGUUUAUCAAAGCAAUGCAUAAGAAACAUAAAGGAAAAUUGAUCAACUUAGAAACAGCUUUGAGGAGACUUUUUAGACAGAUAUAUUUUAGGAACCGUGGUUUUGGAAAAGCUUGGUCAAGAUAUGGCUGAAUGAAAUUCAUCCUCGUGUGAGUGAGACCAUGUGUGUUUCCUGAAACCAUCGUUCGUUCCAUGAGCAUUGUAACAGGAUCAUUGAUCAUUGUUAUCAUCCAGAUAGACAAGAAGUAACCCAAUACCAGUCCGCAAAGAUACUACAAUCAAGAUGCCGAGUGAAGCUGAAUAUAUCUGUACGGAUCAAUAGGACGCUGUUGCGCUAAUCUCGCGUGAAUUACAAUUAUAGACAACUUGUGGAAGCAUGUUUUACUGAAAGUGCGUGUUUUGAAACACUGAACUCAAUGAUUUUACUUAUGUACGGCAGUGGUUUUAUAUUAUUUUAAACAUUUACGUUGUGUUCGAAUAUCUGUAAUACUCGCAAAACGUGCAAUAUUUCCGUUGGACGUGAAUAUUACUCAACAUUGUUCUCCCAGGGUCAAAUACGUUAAGACAGUAGUAGCUCGGGCUGAACAUAACAAGACAGUAGAUGCUUGAAGUUGAACAUCAAAAGACAGUACUCGCCCGUGGUUGAACAUUGAAAAACAUAUUUUACCCAGGGUUGAAAAUAAAAAGGCAGUGUUCGUCCAAGGUUGUAAAUGAAAAGACAGUAUUUGCCUUGGAUCGGAAUUGAUAAGACACUUUUUAUACAAUACCCAGAUUUGAAAAAUUGCAUCUCAUGAGGUGUACGUACCUUUGAAUCUCAUGAUAUUUAUGUAUUAAUUUAUUCAAUGUAUUGUAUGUGUAUUGCAAUA